AGUUGUGGCGAAGUAGAGAAGUAAGGAAAAAAGCACACGAAACAAGAAAGGUGAUCGAUGUGAUGUCGAGCGUAAAUUAUAAUGAUCAAGCUGAAUAAUGAUCAUGUAGGUUGAUGAAGUACGUAGAGGUAGAGAGUAGGCUAUUAAAUCUGCAUCUGUUGAACAAGUAGGAGGUGAAAAGCGGAAUGAAGGGGGAAAAUUCAUCUACGUCGAACUUCUCCCGCCGCCGCUCCGGGCGGCGGUAUGGGUCGUGGCCUGCUCUUCUUGCAAAGAGUCGCGGCGGUUUCGUUCUUGCUAUAGCAGCAGGCGUCGAGGACAACCAGCACUACGUCGUGCGCGCGAGAACUACUACUUCGCGGUCCUCGUCGUCGUCGUCAAGCUACAAUCCGCUCGAGGUGGACCACAUGAAGAUGAUGAUGAACAGCCAGCAGCUGGAUCCGGGCACGCCUACGGCUGCGAACCCGGCGCCGCCCGGCGGCGACCACGUCCUGCUGUACGACCGGUUAUCAAAAGGAAAAAUCCCCCCAACUCCCCAUACAAACACGAAACUUCUAAUGCUGGCUUUGGAUACACAAAGACAAAUCAAAUUUGUGCUAUGCAGUAGAGGACUGCACGCCGAUCCUAAGCCUAGGUAGCAGGGGCCUUUUGGUGUAGGCCUAAGCGCCUAGCAUGGUAGACGGCUACACUGUAGGCGUUACAGCAUUAAAAAGCGCCUACAUAGUGCGGCGGACAGCCUGGAUGUGCCUUCGCGCAAGACAGGCCCGAUUUGUGGCUACAAAUCUGCAUCGCAAGGAUGCGCUUUCAAUUUUGGGAGGGGGGAACUUUCCUGGCAAUACCGGUAUGGUAGCCCUUACUACACCGACGCCACCUAUGGUAGUGUCAGGAUUGAAAUCGUCAAAGUUGAAAUAGUUUGUGAUGCAUAAAAUGCAACCCACAAAGCGCCUGUCUUGCAGAGUGGGCAAGGGAGGCAGAUUGUAAGCCUGGCGAGGGGUAGAAAUAAAGCUGCUGAAGUAGCAUGACACAAGGCGUCACUCUUACCCAAACAGCAUUACAAACUGGAUUUAGACACCGCCAAAAUUUGUCAUGCGCCACUUAGAAACUGGGUCCUAAUUGGCAUCCAUUUUAUGCAUGACAAAUAAUUUUAACUUUGUUGAUUUCAAGCCUGACGCAUCCAUACCACCGACACCACGGUGGAGUCUCCCGCCAAGCUGGACGCGGGGAAGCUGGCCACCUGGGCGGCCCACCUAUGAACUGCAAAACAAGUAUCGUACUCGUAUAAAUGCAUUACAAAUCUCCUCAGCGUGAGAAAUGAAAUUUGUAUAUGCGGAUUUAGUAUUGCCUUAAGAAAAAAAAUUGUAAUGCAUGAUUGCAAUGCGAGUGCGAUACUUUUGCAGAGCAUACCACCAGGCGCGGGACAACUUUGACCGUUUGCGGGAAUCCGGCCUCGUACCGGAGGCCACGCUGGUCCGGGCGUUGGCACAAGGGAUCCGCACGGCGCAGGACCUCUUUCCCUUCCGCGACAUUCGCAUUGUCGGCCUCGACUCGGUAUGCAUUGCAAAUAAGUAUGUCAUCUACUGUGUCUGGAAGGUUGCAACUUGUGAUGCUGUCUUCGGAUAAUUCCAAAAAAAAUCUGUAUUGCAUGACCAGCAAGAGGAGCAACCCAGGGCGUGCUACGCGGGGAGGGCAUUUCUCAUGCAGAAUAGGCAUCAGAAAGCCCUGCUAAAAUUUGUAGGGCUAGGCCUUGCAUUACAGGCAUCCUGCGCCAUGCAACCGGUGCAUGACAAGUCUCGGAAUCUUCCAGAGCCAGACACAUUUGCAGUGCAUACUCGGACCAAAAUUUGGUCUUGUCCGUAGGGGGCCACCUCCUCACCUUUCCAGAGGAGGUUCCUCGAGUGUCCGCGAACAACGCGACCGCGUCCUCCACCGCAGUCGCUGCCGCGGUGGAGUCUGUCGCUCUGCUUCUUUCUACCGCUGCCGCGGCGCAGACCUCCUCGCAUUUGGCUCGAAGUGCGCAACCCACGUUCGAUAUGAUAAUGCAAAACUCCUCCUCCCCCUCAUUUGUCAUGCAAAACAGCAAAUCCUCCCUGUUCCCUUUGGCACUGCUUGAUGAGGUCGCCGAAAGUGCUUCCUCGCCCACCCCCCGGGGAGGGGAUCCUUGACCUGUGGCGCUGGGAGCGGGUGUCCACUACAUGAUGAUGAUGAUGGCACUGCUUGCAUGACAAAUUGAAAUUUCGGAAGCCGAAACAGCAUUAGAAUCCAUCGGUCGUGAACAAUUUGUCAUGCAAAGGCUGCAGUGAGGCCAGGACUUGUGUUGCUGUUCAUGCAAAAAUACAAAUGAGAGGGAGGGGGAGUUCUUGUGUACUGUCAUAUUCGACACGGCGCUGGGGGAAGGCAUGUUGCUCACGCUGGUCAUUCUUCUGCUCCUCGGAGUGUGCCUCGCUGUCCAGCUGCCCUAUCAAAUGCAAAAAUGUCUGGGUCUGGAAGAAUGCAAGAUUUGUGAUGCAGGUUGUCCAUAACCCAUGAGGUCUGGAAUGCGAGACCCGGCAUGACAGAUUUUUUGAGGUCUCUAUCAUGCCUUUCCUGCAUGAGAAACUCCCUCCCAAAUUGGUCAAAAGCGGACAGCUUUUGGUACUCACGCAACACAGAUUUUUGCAUCGUUCAGAUUUAGCAUGACAAGUUCUAACCUUCCAGACCCAGACAUUUUUGCACUUGAUAUGCCCCUCGACGAGCUGAAACCCUACAGCGAGAAACUGGAACUGAAAUUGCAGAAGGCCCUGCUCGAGAUGGACCGCGGCGGCAAGGUGCAGGCCAUUCCGGACGACGAGCGGCCGGACCUGAACCCACUGGUGUACACGUAUCACCAGUUCAUUAUCCUAGGCAAAAACGUCCCCACGACCCCUUAGUCAAGAUGGAAAAUCUGCUAGACAAAUCCACAGCCUUGUUUGGGGCGACUGGCGCAUAACAAGUUUUGGGACGCAGUAUCUAUAAUGGUCCUGUGUGUGUAGGUUGUACUAGCCCAGACAUCACAUCACAAAUCCAGUCUCUGAUCCUGGUUCACGCAUGACAGAUUUUUACCAAGAAACACGAUUCAGAAAACGUUGCCCGCCAACAUGCGGAGCCGCAUUACGGAUUUUUUUGCAUAUGCAGAUUUGCAUAACAACUCUGGGGACGAUUUUAUUCCCUGAGGAUAUUGGUGCUGGAAAAGCUAGUCACGAACGCGAAGGAGGGAUCAAAUGCAAAAAUGUCUGGGUCUGGAAGAUAAUUGCGAGAUUUGUCAUGCUUGUCUGGCAUGACCAAAUAAAGUUUGUGAUGCGUGUCCACGAAGAGACCCUUUUGCCUGUCAUGCAAAAACGCAGUUUGUCAUGCGAAAAACGCAACACAUAUUUCUCAUCAUGCUUGGCUGUGCAUUACAGAGCAUGCACUAUUCCCAACGCAGCACUACAAGUUGCCAGACCCAGAUAUUUGUGCAUUUGAUAGGAGGUGAGAGCGGAGCAAGAGGCCUACUUCGAGCAACUGCGGCAGAAGGAGGCAGAGCGCAAUAUGGCGUUCUCAAUUGUUACAUUCUCAACUGUUACAUAAAUUUGUGAUGCAAGAAUGGUAACAGCAAAAUUCGGCGCAGAUUCCCAUGCUGUUUGGCCCUUCCAAAAUUUGUCAUGCGAGGCAGCUUCACUGUGUGGACGUUGAUGCUCAUUUUGCAUGAGAAAUCACGUAACAGUUGAGAAUGUGACAUUUGAGAACGCCAUACGCAAGCGGCGCAAAGAGGAGGCAAGGCAGGCCAGGCUGGCCGCCCGCCGCGCGGCUGGGGAAGUAUCGUAAGGAAAAACCCCACCUCCCCAUAUGAUCGAAAAGGCAUCCUUUUGGAAAAUUGUGAUGCUGAUUUGUGGUCACAAAUCAGGUCUGUCUUGCAAGAGAGCAAAGCCAGAGCUUCCGCCCCUUUAUUAAGUACGCAGGCGAUUUGUAAGAACGCAGCUGCGCCAACAGUGCAGACGUCUGCCAACAUGCUGAGCGCUCACCUCUAGCCAGCCCCUUCCCGGCUUUGUAUCUGCCUGCAGUCCUAAUAUACUGCAAGAGAAAUAAGCUGAUUCGUGUACGCGAAUCCCGCAAGACAGAUUGCCACUGUGAUGAUAUAGGGAGGGGGAAUAGUUUUUCCUUUCGAUAGGAAGGAGAGACAGGGGACGACCCGUUUGCGACAAGCAGUAGCAGUUCUUCCUCCAGUUCUGCCGACUCAUCGGACGAGUCUUCAAACGAAGAGCAGCAGUCUCCUUAGAAGAUGCGGGUCACUCUUCACGAACCUUGCAGCUGGUCGUGCAAGAGGCAGUACAGGAUCCUGCACCGGUCUACAGCUGCCUUGCUUUUAUUUGAUCAUUAUGUGACUAGUUCUAGUUGAUCAUGACCAAAUUAAAUAAUACCGACCGCCGGUGACGUUGAAUGUACACAAGUACUUGCACGCAAGAACGAAGACGAGAACGAGGAGCUAUCACUCUAAAAGUACUCUGCUCUAGUUUGGUUUGUCGUAGUCCGAUGGACAUGGAUUCGAUAGAGAUAAAGUAUUGCAAUCCAUUUGGCACAAAUCGAAAUCGAGGUCAUCUGACAAAGAAAGUGGAAGUUGCAAAAAAGCCUGGGACGCCGCUGCUGGUCGUGUUCAGCAUCUUCACUGCGACUGCUCCACUUAAUAAUUGCCCAGCAUAAAAAAUUCGAUAAAUACUUGAUCAUACACUCACACUUAAAUGCACCUGAUUUUAUUUCAUGCACAUGAUGAUCGGUGAAAAUGGAUCGAGACUUCUUCUUGUUGUCUCGUCAUUUUUUAUAGGCGUCUUCGUGUCCGUGUUUCGUUCUAUAAUUUCCCUUGAUCAUCUACAUCUGCAGCCAAAGAUGAAUCUUCCACCAUCCAGCCCAUGCAUGGCUGCAGGUGUCACUAAGUAGUACUUACCUUCAUUGAAAGAAACUCAAACUGCCGCGUCUUCACUCCUGUCAGGACAAACUACAUGCAAACUUUAUUUUAUUGCGAGUGUGUCAGUCUUUCUCUUUCACUAACGACGCACCUGUAGUUGACUUGGACUUGGUGCCCCACAAGAACGAACCCUCUGUUGACAU